UGUCAAAUCAAGAUUUGUAAGUUGAAAACCACGUCGUUAAGCGAUGUAGGGUAGUCUACAUCGCUGUUCCAGAUGUUUCUGGAAACCCAACCUUGGCUCAACAACCUUGGCUCAACAACGAUUUGGGCGAUUAGCACCCAAACCUUCAAGAAGCAGUUGGACAACGCUGGACCUGCCACUGCCGUGCCACGGCGCCGUUCUGCUGCUGGCCCAGCCGAACCCCAUGCUCGGGCCAACCUUUCCUCCAUGGCCGACUCCCUCAACCGGCUGCACUUCAAAGUUGAUGGGAUGGAUGGCUACCUUGAGAGGCUUGACGAGGCGGUCCAACGCUAAGGGUACGCCAUGAACGCGUACUUCCAACGUGUUAACUACGUCCCCCCCACCGUACCAUGGCACGUUCUUUGGGCAAGUGUACAGUGACGAGGACGAAGACGAUGCCUCCUACAACCCGUCAAGCUCCCCGGACGAGGAUGAGUUCGACGACCCCGUUGACAGUGAUGAGAUGGACGUCGACGAUGACGACGAGGAAACCGAAGACGAAGACUAGGACACCCCUAGAAUUUCUAUCUCUUUUAUUUUAAUUAUCCUGUUUUUUUUAAUGCUUCCGUUGUACUCCGCUAUUUCCCAUCUUCAAUAAAUAAAAGUUAUCCUU